AGCGAUCCCCCAUCAUCUGUAAACUCACUGCGCGCGGCAUCGUUGGGUGCCAGCACCAGACUGAACGGUUUCAUUCUUUAUGGUUUAUGGGGACAAAACUGGCCACUCUGUCAGACGAAACGCGUUAUUUUAAACUUGGAUAUGGAGUUAAUUUGUUUUAAUUUGAAGUAGCGCGGACUAUUAUAUGUAAAAUGAGAUCAAUGAGUGUAUCCAUUAUAAAGUUUAGUAGUAUUUGAUAUAAAGAUUAUAGCACUCUGGACAGUUGGACGUUAGGCUGUUCCGCAGCUUUACCGCGCCAACGAUCGCUGGGACAUCGAGGCGGAGCUGAUCCCGGGGAUGUUGUUUUCCUCUGCGCGGAGAGACGGGUCGGCGGUUCGGUGAGGGUCUAGUCCACGGAGGAGUACGCGCGCGGAUCGUCCUAGGGCAAACCGCACCGGUCUCGCGCAGCGGCUGAAGAGAAAGCCCCCUCGCGCGUGGCAACACCUUUCUUUCGCGCUUCCUUCCGCGGAGUUCGCGGGCUUCACCCCUCUGGAUUGUGGACUUGUAGGAAGGGGGGUAUUGAACAGGGACCGUCUUCUGUACCUGCUAUGCGCCUGGUGUGGAGAAUAACUCGUGGAUCCAUACUCUGCACCUGAAAUUUUCCUUUUUCAGUUGAUUCCUUUUUUCUCUCUUUUUUUUUUUUACAUGUGCGUAAUGUACCUGGAAUGAAGACAGAGGAUGGAUAUACUUUGGGAAAUAUUCAUCAUUCUCCAGGCAAACGUUCUUGUCCGCAUAUCAGCCCAGCCCCACCUGCCCAAGAUUAAUGAAGGAUGGUGGGCAUACAAGGAGGUGGUGCACGGAAGCUUUGUUCCGGUGCCGUCGUUCUGGGGCCUGGUGAACUCGGCGUGGAACCUGUGCUCUGUGGGCAAGAGGCAGUCACCGGUCAACAUAGAGACCAGUCACAUGAUCUUUGACCCCUUCCUCACGCCCAUCAAGCUGAACACGGGGGGACGCAAGGUGGGAGGCACGAUGUACAACACGGGACGCCACGUCUCGCUGCGAUUGGAAAAGGAGCAUCUAGUGAACAUCUCCGGAGGCCCUAUGACGUACAGCCACCGCCUGGAGGAGAUCCGGCUGCACUUCGGCAGCGAGGACGGACAGGGCUCCGAGCACCUGCUCAAUGGACAGGCCUUCUCCGGAGAGGUUCAACUGAUCCAUUACAAUCAUGAGCUGUAUACCAACUACACAGAGGCAGCUAAAAGCCCGAAUGGACUGGUCAUAGUCUCCAUAUUUAUGAAGAUUGCUGAAACAUCCAACUCGUUCCUGAAUCGAAUGUUGAACAGAGACACCAUCACAAGAAUAACGUAUAAAAAUGACGCCUACUUACUGACGGGUCUGAACAUGGAGGAGAUCUACCCUGAGACCAACAGCUUCAUCACCUACGACGGCUCCAUGACCGUCCCCCCCUGCUACGAGACCGCCACGUGGAUCCUGAUGAACAAGCCCGUGUACAUCACUCGGAUGCAGAUGCACUCCCUGCGUCUGCUGAGCCAGAACCAGCCGCCUCAGAUCUUCCUGAGCAUGAGCGACAACGUGCGCCCGGUGCAGCCGCUCAACCACCGCUGCAUGCGCACCAACAUCAACUUCAGCAUGCAGGGCAAGGACUGCCCCAACAACAGGGUCCAGAAGCUCCAGUACCGAGUGAACGAGUGGCUGCUGAAGUAGGGGCCCCGCCCUCCCAGACGACUCCCCCACCCUCCCACCAACACCCCCCCCCCCCCCCCCCCCCCCCACCAACACCCACACCACCACCCCCCCUCGUGGAGUCAGACGGAGGAACGGCAGGAGACGGACGGACGGACGGAUGGGGAGAUGACGGAGGAGAAGAGAAGGACCCAGGAGGAUGAAGAUGAAGAGGAGGAGGAGGAAGAGGAGGAGGAUGGAUUUAAGCCAACGGAAAGAGAGACGUCUGUAAACGCGGGGGGGAUUCGAUGGGGGGAGGGGGGGGGGGGGGGGGGCAUCUCAUCAAGAUGACUUCAUGUAAAAAAAAUAAAAGAAUAAUUAAAGAAACAUUUGGACACGAUGAACUAAGGAAGCAAAGAGUCCUCUCUUUUCAUACUCUCUGAGAGCUCGCCCGUCCUCCCAGCUCAUCCACGUAUCCGCACGGAGAGUUUUGAUACAGAUCCCCUUCGCUCGUUUCUUGUUUUUUUGUGUUAUCGAGGAUGGCCUGGUGAAAAAAAAGUUAAGACAUGUGACCUUCAACCCCUCUCCCACCGUACCCCUCAGCCCGAUCCCCCCAGCCCGAAACCCUCCCAAGAUACGGAAGCAUUUAAUUGGAACGGACUACGUGGACCAUGUCGACUAUCCUGAGCCUUUGUAAAUAAAGUUAUUGCUAGCGGUGAGAACAUUCAACACAGACAUAGACCCGGACACCCCACCCCCUCCCCGUCCCCUCUGGUCCAGACUAGACCCGGCACCGCGAACCCAGACCCCACAAUCAGACCAGACCUGCCGUCAUCUAAGACCAACGAGGCAUGCAGAAAGGAAACAUUGCCUUAUCAGUCGUUCUCCGAGACUCCAGCUUCUUUACUUACUUACUUAUCGGCAUUUUUUUGGCCCAAAACGUGACCCAAAGCGCCCAGGCCCGGUUUGUACAUAUUAUAACUAUGAAUUACUGAUGAAAAAUGACUAUGUAAAGAUAAAAAACGUUAAAAAACCUUAAAUAUUUAAAAAGAUCUAUUAAGAUGAUUUACACAAAAAAAAAAAGAGAUAAUGUUGAGUAUUUACAAACAAAAAAAAUAUGAAA